UGUCUGUCUGACUGUGUCUCGCCUUCCUUCACGCUUCACCAUUCACUCUGGAUCAGUACACCGGACCUGUUGGAGCUGAGCGGAUUUCUCAGGACCAAAACUUUAUGAUCGCGACCCAAACUGUCCUCCAGAGGAACAGCUCGGAUGAUGCGUGUUGCGCUUCAGCUAUUCAAUGAAAGAAGAGACGCGCAGAAGAAGAGAUGGGCACCGUUCCUGGACUUUCACCUACCCGGUCGUGGGGAAAAUGUUCCACCGUGCGGGUUGUACCUGUAGUGGUGGUGGUGGUGGGGGUUUUGGUCCAGCUUUGCGCUGCCUUUAACUUGGACACGGAGAAACGCGUCGUUUUCAGCGGACCAAGGGGAAGUUAUUUCGGCUAUUCGGUGGAAUUCUUCAGCAACUCAUCCAGUAUCAGUAUUUUGGUCGGUGCUCCAAAAGCGAACACCAGCCAACCCGGCAUCACUGAAGGAGGAGCUGUGUUCCUGUGUCCCUGGAGCCAAGCUAACUGCAGCAUCAUCAACUUUGACAAGCAAGGUGAUCGAUAUUUUUAUAUAAAUGAUGUGAACACUCAGGUUGAGUUCAAGUCCCAUCAGUGGUUUGGAGCCACCGUGCGUUCCCAUGGUAACAGCGUCCUGGCUUGUGCUCCACGGUAUUACUGGAGGACCGAACAUGACAUAGCAUUUGCCGAUGUCACGGGAACCUGCUACCUCUCUGUAGACAGCCUCAAAACAUUUGUAGAGUUCGCCCCAUGCCGAACAGAAAGACAUGGACCUGCUGGACAGGGCUAUUGUCAAGGAGGAUUUAGUGCAGACUUCACCAAGGAUGGGAGGGUUGUGCUUGGAGGACCAGGCAGCUUUUACUGGCAAGGUCAGCUGAUCUCAGCCACCACAGAGGAGAUUACAAAGGCCUACUACCCCUCGUACUUUCUGCUGUCAGUCGCCGGGCAGAUUCAGACGCGACAGGUGCAGGGAAGCUAUGAUGACAGUUAUCUGGGUUACUCUGUGGCUGGCGGUGAGUUCAGCGGGGAUGAUGAGGAAGAUUUCAUCACAGGAGUUCCAAAAGGACUCAUGCUGUAUGGUGUAGUAUCCAUACUAGAUGGAAGGAAUCUGAAGUCUCUGCUCAACUUGACAGGGGAGCAGAUGGGGUCGUACUUCGGCUACGCUGUGGCAGCCACUGACAUCAACAACGACGGUUUGGAUGACGUGGUGGUAGGAGCUCCGUUGUUUAUGCGUCGGGGGCCCAAUGGGCGCCUGGAAGAGCUGGGUAAGGUUUAUGUGUACCUCCAGAGAGGCCCUCUGCUGCUGGAACCAAGCCAGUCUCAGCUCCUCGGUCAACGGGCCUUCAGCCGAUUUGGCACCUCACUGGCUCCGCUGGGUGAUCUCAACCAGGAUGGAUUCAAUGACAUGGCCGUCGGCUGUCCCUAUGGAGGAGAUGACGAGCGUGGAUUGGUUCUCAUUUAUAACGGUCAUGCCGAAGGACUGAUGGACACGCCCACUCAGACCCUCUCUGGCCAAUGGGCUUCCAGCUCUUUUCCAGCCAGUUUUGGCUUCGCCCUGCGAGGCAACAAAGAUCUGGAUCAAAAUGGCUACCCAGAUCUGAUUGUUGGUGCUUUUGGGGUUGAUAAGGCAGUCCUAUACAGGGCUCGGCCAAUAGUGAGUGCAAGUGCGUCUCUUACAGUGCAUCCGACCAUGUUCAACCAGGAGGAGAAGACUUGUGAAAACGAAACCGUUGCUGUGUCUUGUGUCAGCAUUGGUUUCUGCCUACUGGCUAAGGGGAAGCACCUCCCCUCUCAACUAGACUUUGUGGUGGAGGUUCAGCUGGACAGUAUGAAGCAGAACCAGAAGGAGUCCAUUAGGAGGACUUUGUUCCUCGACAGCCGGCAGCCCAGUUUGCUGAAGACUUUCAGCCUCACCAACGGAGAACAGUUGUGCCAUGACACCAAGAUCUACUUGCGGGCUGAAGAGGAGUUCCGGGAUAAAUUGUCUCCUAUAUACAUCAGCCUUAACUUCAGCCUGGAUCCUCAUGCCCCGGAGGACCAGUAUGGCCUCAGACCAGUCCUGAGUUAUCAGACAGAACAGCGUAUAGAGCAGAAGGCCCAGAUUCAACUCGAUUGCGGAGAGGACAACAUCUGUGUCCCUGACCUCAAGUUGGCUGUUUAUGGUGACAGAACAGAGGUUUACUUGGGUGAUGAAAACUCCCUGAGCCUGACCUUCAAUGCCAGGAACGAGGGAGAGGGAGGAGCGUACGAGGCCGAGCUCUACGUGGUGCUGCCUCCAGAGGCCGACUACAGCGGGAUAGCACGCAACAAUGUGAGCUUGACUCAGCUGACGUGCAGCUACGAAGCAGAAAACCAGACCCGCUAUCUCGUGUGUGAUCUGGGAAACCCCAUGAAGUCUGGUACCAGCUUAUGGGCCGGCCUUCGGUUCACUGUGCCCAGACUGAAGGACACUCACAAUACUGUACAGUUUGAACUCCAAAUACGAAGCAAAAAUGCAAAUAACUCAGAGAGUGAGGUGGUGCUGUAUGAGCUGGAGGUGGCUGCGAUGGCUGAUGUCAUACUGCAGGGUGUUUCUCGCCCAGACAAAGUCAUCUUUCCCCCUCCCAACUGGAGCGCUGGUCAGAGUCUGAGUGCAGAGCAGGACGUCGGUCCUGAGCUUCAGCAGGUCUACGAGUUGGUAAAUAACGGCCCCAGUGUGGUCAGCCAGGCGACACUGGAGGUGAGAUGUCCUCUGAGGGCUCAUGGCCAUGAGCUGCUCUACCCUGUGGAGGUGGUCACUGAGGGGCCGCUCAGCUGCUCCUCCAAACACACUCUCAAUGCACUGAAACUCGAGGUUCAUCCUCCAGCAGCAGAGGGUCCCACGUCACUAAAAUCCAGCACUAAGCAUCACAUCCGGAGGAGGGAGCUGUACAGAGAUGUCCUAGGUGAACAAGGAAACCUGACGUGCUCUGCAGUGGAGUGCUGGCAGCUGCGGUGUGAUGUCGGGCUGCUGGAGAGAGGAGCCAGUGUUAUCUUGACUGUACGCUCCAGAGUGUGGGCUGAAACCUUCAUUGAGAGGGCCUAUAAGCAGUAUGUUCUGGAGUGCUCCAUUCAGUUCAAAGUGGACAGGAUGCCUUAUUCUAUUCCUCCCAAAUUCAAGCCAUCAGGAUCCAAAAAGGUGAUCACAGCUGUGAUGUGGAACAAGCCGGACACUCUGUUUUCUGUUCCAGUGUGGAUCAUCAUCCUGGCUGUUCUGGCUGGGUUGCUAUUACUCUCCCUGCUCAUAUAUCUACUAUACAAGAUGGGCUUCUUUAAAAGGUCAGAUCCAUAUGGUACAACAAUGGAGAAAGCCCAGCUCAAACCCCAGGCAUCCUCUGAAGCAUAGAUCAGAGAAGGAGCCUCACCUGCAGCUGUCCCAAGAAACUGGAAUGAUUGUCACAUUCCCAAACAAAAGGGGAAACCCGCUAAUGAUAAGCAGGCAACCCAUUUAUGAAGGGACACUUAUGGGUGCUGUCUCACUGGAAUAUGUACUAUCUGGUGCUGCACUAUAAUGCCAAGGCAGGAAAGACUCAUGCAGUUGAAUAUGCACUGUUGUUUUGGAAUUUGUAUAAUCAGAGCGAAAUUUAUGAAGCUUCUGCGGAAAAAGCAGCAAUGAGAAUUUGCUUCUUACAAACUAAUUCCUGUGGAAAAAUGUUUUUUUUUGGCAAAUAUUCCUCAUACUCCAUGUGUUGACCAGGAACAAAUUGGUAUUUCUCAGCUUAUAUUGAUACAGGGGAGAAGAAAUGCACCUCCAACAAAAGGCACUAAAGCUUUCCAGAUAUUCCAGAAAGGUGUAUUUGAAGCCAUGUUUUCAAUCCUAAUGUUUGGUAUUUUGUGAAGUUCCUGCUUUUGUAUGAUUUAUACACCAGUUUUUAUUUAUGGCACAAUGUUUUUCCUCUUUGUUGUUGAAUGUUGUACUGUACUGUCUGCAGGACAAUCCUGAUGAAACUGCAAUGUAUAACUUGAAUUAUUCCUCUCCCAUAUUGGGAGGUAUUUUGUGUAUGAUGUAAUGUAUGUAAUGUAUUCAUUGUGUUAUGACCCAUUGGUGUUGUGGCCCAGAAUAAAGCCUGACAUGUAUACCCACCCAAAA